AAAUUCGGGAACGCAAUCGUAAAUUGACGUGGGAAUACUUUGCAGAACGCCGUGAUGAUCGACAUGCCUAUGUAAAAUUAUAUAAAGAAAAGCAACUUGAAAAAAUAACUCCAGAGUUAGAAGCUUUAGAGUGGAAACUUAGCUACGAAGAUAUCCUAUUUUAUAGGUCGAUUGCUAAAUCACAAUUGAAGAAGGAAAGAGCAUUAAUAGAACGACAACAACAAGUAAAAAGUAGUGGUUGGUUUGGUGGUUGGUGGUAUAGCGGACAAUCGUCAGGCUCUUCAGACGAUACUAUUUGGUCUGACGAACAGCUUCAAGAAUUGUAUGAAGCCAUCGAAUAUGACGAAUCAGAAGUAGCCCCAGCUGUUGAAUUGCCCAAAGAGUGGACAAAACUUUUAUUCAAGACAGAACUUAAGACUGGUUCAUUUGUAUUAAAGAAAGAUCCUCAUGGGAAGAGCACAGAAAUUUUAUCUUUAAUUUUUGAUACAGUGACCACAAAAUUCCUCCAACGACCUGAUUCUUUUCAGGCAGAAACUGCAUUAGGAAGCUUAAGCGUGCAUGAUGGUUCCACUGAGGGUACUUUAUAUCCACAAAUAGUGAGAGUGAAGGAAGAUUUUAUUACAAAACAGAAUGAAGGGGAUUUAGCAAAAUCCAAUCGUGCAAGUGAUAUUACUCAUGAUGAAUCACCGAAUAAUCCAUUCUUCCAGCUCGUAUUUGAACAUAAUCCUUUGGAUGGUCGCGCUGAUAAUGGUCUUUCGAUGAAAAUGAGACAUUUGGAAAUUGUUUAUAAUCAGAAUGCUAUAGAAGCUGUUACCGAGUUUUUCAGGCCUCCAGAACAACAAUUGGAGACUAUUACCGCUUUAAUCGAAGCGGCAAGUGAUACAUUUGAAGGACUCAAAGCACAAACAAGGGCUGUACUAGAAAUGAAAUUGGAGGAGCAUAAAACUAUUGAUGUUGAAGUUGAUAUGAAUGCUCCGAUUAUCAUCAUCCCUAAAAGCUGUACCAAACCAGAUACCGAAGUAAUCGUGCUAGAUUCUGGUCAUAUUAGAGUAGAAAGCAAGCUUGUUAGCAAAGCUGAUAAAGAAGAAAUACAUUCCAAGGCUAGGUCAAGCUAUAGUGAGGCUGAUUACAAACGAUUAGAAUCAUUAAUGUAUGAUCCUCAAAUUCGUGAUUCCGAUCCCAAAUAUGAUCUUCACGUAAUAGACCGAAUAAAUUUGCAAUUUCUUGUUGAAAUGUCAAUUUUACCACGGGCCUAUAACCUCACUAAGUUUCGAGUUUCUGGACAUUUGCCACUUUUAAAAACAAAUUUUUCUGACAGAAAAUACAAAAUAAUUAUGAGCAUUAUUGAAACUGUAACUUCAUCAUCGAGCUCAAAAGAAGAGCCUAAAAUAGAAACACCUGAAAUAAAUUUACCUGAAAAGAUGUCAGUAGCUAAAGCAGCUAACGAACUCCUAAAGGAUACCAAGAGCUCGAAAAGUAGAGGUUUAGAACGUACCAGACAUAUUGACAAUAAUGUGAUUGCUAAGUUAGGUUUGGGUAAAACCCAAGAUUUGGUAUUAAUUGAUAGUGAGAGUAGUGAUGAUGAUGCCCCAGAGGAACGUAAUGAAGAAUUUUUUGAUGCACAAGAUACAGACGUCUCAAGUACAGCAAAACUAAAUCAAAGAAUAUUUGAAUUUGAAUUCAGAGUGGAUAAAUUUUCAACUACACUUAAAAAAGCGGAUUCGGAUGUUGACAAACCAGAAGUUAUUCUAGUUGAUAUGGUUUUGGAGCAUUUUGGCCUGACUUAUGUACUUCGUCCGUUUGACAUGUCGGCAGAAGUGGUGCUUAAAUCUCUCAGCAUUGAAGACAAAAUGGAUACAGGAUCAGAAUUUAAACAUUUGGUUGCAUCUGAAGGAUAUGGCAAUGCUCAGGCUGAUGAUUCGAAAGAUCUUGUACAUGUCAAAUACACCAGAGUUGACACAAAGUCACCUGAAUAUAUGUCCAAACAUGAAGGAAUUAGCCAAAGUGUUGAUAUCGAGAUGUCGACCAUAAAUAUAAUUGUGACACGUAAAAGUUUAUUGACAUUAUAUAACUUUGUUUUGGACACAUUUACUUCUUCCGAACCGGCCCCCUCACAAUCAAGUGUAGAAACUGAAUCGCCUACUCUCCCGGAAUCUCAAAAGUCACAGGUAUCUCAAGCAUCGACAAUGCGUGUUAAAGUAAGACUCAGUAGUAUAAGAUUCAUUUUAAAUAAUGAUGGAGUCCGGCUCGCAACAGGAUUAUUGUAUCAUGCGGAUGUAGCAGUAUUGUUACGUCAAAAUACUAUUCGUGUUGCUGCUAGACUAGGAAGUUUUUCAUUAUCUGAUGAUAUGGCGGGACCGAAUAGUGAUGAAUCAUUACGACAAUUACUUACAUUACAAGGAGAAGAUUUGGCUGUUUUUCACUAUGAAACCUAUGAUGAAUCAGCACCUGGAUUUCCUGGUUAUGAUUCAUCGGUUUCUUUACGUACUGGAUCAGCAAAACUAACUUUUCUUGAGGAACCUAUUCGUCUUUUGCUCGAUUUCGGAAGUAAAUUUGCUCAAAUGAAAGGACUUUAUGAUUCCGCUCGUAGGGCGGCUGUAUCACAAGCUGUACAAUUGCAAGAGAAAGCUUCAAAGUUUCAUUUUGAAAUUAGUAUUCGCUCACCUAUUGUUGUAUUCCCCCACGAUGUUAAUACUAAGGAUAUGGUUAUCGCAAAUCUUGGUGAAUUUUCGGCAUCUAACGAAUUCGAACCAAAAGAUGGAAAUAAUAGUUAUAUUACUCGGAUCACAGCUGAACUCCAAAAAAUUAGUUUGACUUCUAAUUUUAUGACUCCAAAUUCUUCUACAGCACAAGUUCUCCAAAUUAUUAAUGAUGUAGAUAUUAAUUUUAAAAUGUCAUACGCGGAACAUACUGUAGGUUCAGAAGGGCCUGAUACGAAGAUAAUCGGCAAUAUGUCAGAUGUUCGAAUGAAUUUAACCGAAAGACAGUACAAGUUCUUGUAUGAACUUUCAAAUAGUGUUUCUCGAGCGUUUAGCGGCUCAAGCGAGCAACCUCCUACACCAGCGAGAAAUCAAACGAUUGAUUCUAUUCAAACUCCUCCAAGUAAACCAUCCAACACUUCCACUACUAAGGAGAUUUCUUCAAAAGUAGAAGUUGAAGGGAAUUCAUGGACAACAAUUAGUCUUGAUUUCGAAGUGAAUCAGAUCUAUUUGGAAAUUUUUACCGAUGAUGGAUCUGAAGAAAAGGCGUUAGAUGCUACAAGUUUGUCGAGAUUUUCACUUAAUCAAACCAAAGUCGAAUAUAGGAUGAAGAGUGAUAAUUCAAUGAAUGCAGAACUUCGAAUUCAAUCUUUCACUUUAAAUGACACACGUCCAAACAUUAAGAAUGUUUAUCGAGAAAUUUUACCUGCAGCUAAUGCGGGCAAACCACAAUUCGUUAUUGAACUUACGAUGUCUGGAGAUCCCGAUAAAAACAUUGUUGCUAUUGUUAAAGUUAUCAGUCCUAAAAUAAUUUUAACAUUGGAUCAUUUAUUCGCUACUCGUAACUAUUUCAUGAGUGCUUUUGAGUCAUCAACUCCAUCUAACGAGAACGCUACACAAGCUCAGUCUUCUGAAACUUCGCCUCCUUUGAAACCUCCAAGACCUAAAUCUCCGACAACAACCCAACCCCCGAUGUUACCACCAAGACCAGUAGCUGCAGAGCCAAAACCAACAACCACAUUGUGUUAUCAAGUGGAAAUCGAUUCUGCUGAAAUAAUAUUGUUGGCUAAUCCUCAUAUAGCUAGUAGUGAAGCAAUUGUCCUUUCUGCACAGAAAAUGGUUCUUACACAACAAAGCGCAAUGUUACUGACUGUUGAUAAAGUUGGGAUGUUUUUAUGUCAAAUGGAUAAAAGAGAAUCUACUCUCCUACGAUUCAUUGAUAACUUUGAUUUAGCAUUAACGAUGGAAACUAAAUCCCAAAAACCAGAACAACAACUCACAGACAUUAAUGUUAAUGUUGGUCCUCUCAUUUUGAGGGUGUCUUAUAGAGAUGUCCUUCUUAUUGUAUCUAUUGCUAAUAAAGUUUCAGAACUAUCUUCUCAACCUUCAUCUCCAACAAAGAAACCUGAACCAAUAGCCGAGACUUCUAUAAAUAAUAUGCAACCUAUUAGCUCACCAUCAAGGACAUUCAAUUAUAAUACUUUAACUAAAAAAGGCAGUAAUUCAUCCAAAAACCGGCCAAGUCCAGUUGUGACUAGAGAAUCGGUAAAAUUAAAAUGCGCAAGACUCAUUUUAAUUGGUGACGAACAUGACAUACCAAUGAUCGACGGCAGUUGUGACAAAAUUGAUAUCGAGAUUGUAGAUUGGUCGUCACAGCUUAGUGUUGAUGUCGCUGUUUCUACUUAUGUUAAUUAUUUUAAUCUUACCAAUUCGCAUUGGGAACCGUUGAUUGAGCCUUGGCAAUAUAAUGUUCAUGCUUUAAAACAAACGGUUCCAGAAAGUAUGGUAAUUGAUAUUACUUCAUUAAAAAGAUUAGAAGUAAAUAUUACCCAUAUUUUCCUGGAAACUAUGCUGACUACUCUUUCAAUAAUUAACCAAGUAUCUGAGCAUUUAUCGACCACUGCUAGGGGCUCCAGGGCACCAUAUAUAUUGAGGAAUAAAACUGGUUAUAAUAUGAACGUUUGGGCAAUUUCAUCUGAUGAUGCUAAGGACACUGAAUUAAAAGUAAUGAAUGAUGGUCAGGAAUUAGAUUGGAGGUUUGAUGAUUGGCGUAAAAUGCGUGAGGUUUGUAUUGCUUUGACAUGUGAAUUUAAGCUUUUACGUUCCAAUUGGGAAUGCAUUAAAGAUAUUCCUGUAGAUAGAGAAGGAGAGAACAUUUAUAUUUUACGUCCAAAAUUAAAUGAGGUUUAUCACCGAUUGGUGGUUGAUGUAAAACUAGAGAAUAAUAUUAAGUAUCCUUGCAUGGCCAUCAGUCUAAAUGCGCCGAUUCAAGUCGAAAAUUUGUUACCUUACGAUAUUGUGUUUCGAAUAAAUGAUAAUACUAUCAACCAAGAUUUGCCAGGAAAUCGGUUAGAAAAGGGACAAGUGACUUCGCUUCAUCUUAUUGAAUUAGGCCACUUAUUAUUGCUGAAGAUAGAAAAGAUAAUAGAUACAGGCGCGUUUAAGUUCAGUAUUUAUAGUCCUUACGUGAUGAUAAACAAAACUGGUCUGGAUAUGGCCUUCAGAUCAAAAUCUCUAUUUCAAUCUGCCAAGGAUGCAGCCGGUCAAGGUAAUAAUCAUUAUACUCUGUUAGCGCCAUAUAUGUUUUCUUACGCCGAUGAUAGUAAUCAAAAUCGCGCCCUUUUGAAACCUCAAAGCUUUGAGGCUGUUGGAACAUUCUUAGAAGUUGUGAUUCCAUCAACUUCAAAUGCGGAAGAAAUUCACAUAGGCGUGAGCGUCCAAGAAGGCCAUCAAAAAACAAUUGGUGCUAUGUUACCACAAUUCAACUUCAUGGUAGGUAAUCUUUUUGGCAUUCACCUUAAGUUAGAAAAAUCUGAUCAUGAACUUGAUUUAAUUCGAACUGAAGUCUUACUUGAAGACGCCACCAUAUUUGUAAUAUUCAACAAAGAAGAAGGAAUAUGGCCUUUUAGAGUCGAAAAUUACUCUGAUGUUGAAGUAGUCUUCUACCAGCAGGAGCCGAGUCGCCGUGAAAGUACACAGCCAUCUUCACCCAAAAAGUUUACUCUUAAACCCAAAAAUGCUUCUCCGUAUUCAUGGGAUUAUCCAGCUCUUAAAGAAAAAAGAUUGGUGUUAAAGGUUAACAACAAUGAGCGAGUAGUUAACAUUCAAGAAAUCGGGUCACUUGUGCCAUUUAAAUGCUCUGUAACUAUUCACAUUUUGGCUAUUGAAGUUGUGGCGGAUGGUCCCACACAGGUCUUACUGCUUUCUAAUUACAAUCAAUCUGAAAGUUUGUAUAGGCCAAAGGCAUCAUCAAUUGCAUCAUCAUCAAGUAACGAUAACUCUAGUCGAGAUGCCUUUGAA